AACUAACUAUAUCACCCCCCUCGGCAAAUUGCAAAUUAAGAUACGGCCAUGAAGUUUCUACCAAUCGAGUCGCUCGUAUAGUACCGCCAAUUCGGAUUCGUUCAUCACGAUGGCACAGGCUACAUGGCAGGAAAAGGCCGCGCACAAACGGUCGCAAGCGCAACAAAGCAUUCCAUCACAAUGGCUCCUGCCGGCCUCUUUUCUUGCCCCGCCCGAGGGGUCCCCGCCAACAGUGCUCGAUAUUCCACAGCGCUGUGGCCUUCUAUCCCCUAGAGAGAUCGAGAUCACAGAAACCGUCGACGCGACCGCCUUAUUGGAAAAGCUCGCCUCGCGCGAGUACAGCGCAGUCGAGGUCACGACCGCUUUCUGCAAGCGGGCAGCCAUUGCGCAACAACUGACCUCCUGUCUGACCGAGAUGUUCUUCGACACGGCUCUUCGCAGAGCCCAGGAGUUAGAUGAGCACCUGGCGGCUACGGGAAAGACAGUUGGUCCGUUACAUGGUCUCCCCAUCAGUGUGAAGGAGUCAUACAGCAUUGCCGGUGUGCCCACCACGAUGGGCUUUGUGUCGUGCCUGGACCGGCCGCCGCAAGAAAAAAACUCGGUCGUGGUAGAUAUUCUCCUGGCGGCGGGCGCGGUCUUCUACGUCAAGACAAACAUCCCACAGACGAUGAUGACGCUGGACACACACAACAACAUCUUUGGUCGCACGCUGAACCCCCAUAACCUGAACCUCACAGCGGGUGGUAGCACUGGUGGGGAAGGCGCUCUUCUUGCAUUGCGGGGCUCUCUCCUGGGCAUCGGAACUGAUAUCGCGGGGUCCAUCCGUGUGCCGGCGCUCUGCUGCGGCCUUACUGGCUUCAAGCCUUCGGUAAAUCGAGUUCCGUACGGGGGCCAGUCCUCCGCCGCACGCCCUGGCAUGACAAGCAACGGCAUUCUGCCCUCCGCAGGCCCCCUGUGCCACACGGUUCGGGAUGCUGCGCUGCUGCUGAAAGUGGCGAUCAACUCCCGUCCGGCUGAUCUCGACGACAAUGCGUUGGACGUACCGUGGCGGGGUGUGACCCCGCGGAGCUCAACUCUUCGGAUCGGUGUGCUUCCAGAAGACCCUUUGUACCCCUUGCACCCUCCCAUGCAGCGUGCGUUGCAACGUGCAAUCGACAAGCUGGAAGCGGCAGGCCACACGAUGGUCGAUAUCUCGACGCAGAUGCCAUCGAUCUCCGAGGCCAAAGACAUUGCCUUCCGGCUUUUUAAUAUGGACCCCGACCGUACUCCAUUGACCCACGUAACCAGGGGUGACGAGCCGUUUAUCCCGUCACUGCGAUCGACGUUCGAUGUCGAUGGCAGUGGCCCAGCGCCUCGACUCCGUGAACUAUACGAGCUCAACGUUGCCAAAGCUGGUCUUCUCACCCGGAUGAGGCGUGUAUUCGUUGACAAUCAGCUGGAUGUUCUUGUCGGGCCUGCCUACCAGAGCUGUGCGGUACCGCAUGACACGAUUGGCGUGGCUUCAUACACCGUUUUCUGUAACCUAUUCAACUACCCAGCCUGUGUCAUACCGUAUAGUAGUGCGGCAAGCGCUGAAGAUGCGACAUUCGUGCGGGAUGUCUCGUAUACGCCAGAGUAUAAACCACAGGAAGUGGAGGGGGCCCCGUGCCAUAUCCAGCUAAUAGGCAGGCCCAUGAGGGACGAAGAACUGAUUCAAUGUGCGUCCGCCGUGGAGGCACUGUUGCGUUGAGAGCACAAAAAUAUUACUAUGCUUCAGCCGUCCGCUAGCCGGAUUGAUGCUCAAAGAUGCUCAAAC